UUUGAGGACUUAGUCCAUUUUCUGCAAAUGAGUGUGCUUGUCAGAGUUUGUAAUCUGCUCUAGAAGUCAAUUCAAAGAGUAAGACAUGGCUCCAAAAAAGGCCAAGGGAGAUGACAUACCAAAACCACCACCACUGAUUGGAAGGUUUGGCACCUCACUGAAAAUAGGAAUUGUCGGGCUGCCCAAUGUUGGGAAGUCAACCUUUUUCAACGUGCUGACAAAGAGUCAGGCUGCAGCUGAAAAUUUCCCCUUCUGCACCAUUGACCCAAAUGAAAGCAGAGUGCCCAUUCCAGAUGAACGCUAUGAUUUUCUCUGCCAAUUCCACAAACCUGCCAGCAAAAUCCCAGCAUUCCUUAAUGUUGUUGACAUUGCUGGCCUGGUGAAAGGAGCUCAUGCUGGCCAAGGCCUGGGAAAUGCCUUCUUGUCCCACAUCGGAGCUUGCGAUGGCAUCUUCCACAUGACACGUGUUUUUGAGGAUGAGGAUAUCAUCCAUGUUGAGGGUACAGUGGACCCAGUGAGAGAUAUGGAGAUCAUCCACGAAGAGCUGAGGCUGAAGGAUGAGGAGAUGAUUGGCCCCAUUAUUGACAAGCUGGAGAAGACGGCCAUUAGAGGCGGUGACAAGAAACUCAAACCAGAAUAUGACGUUAUGUGCAAAAUAAAGAGCUGGGUAGUGGAUGAAAAGAAGCAUGUUCGCUACUAUCAUGAAUGGAACGACAAGGAGAUUGAAGUGUUGAACAAAUACCUGUUUCUGACGUCCAAACCAAUGAUCUACCUUGUUAAUCUCUCUGAGAAAGACUAUAUAAGGAGGAAGAACAAAUGGUUGGUGAAAAUCAAGGAGUGGGUGGACAGUCACGACCCCGGAGCCACGGUCAUCCCCUUCAGCGGUAACUUGGAGAGCCAGCUGCAGGACAGGAGUGAGGAGGAGAGGCAGAAGUACUGCACAGAGCACAAGACGCAGAGCUCCCUGACUAAGAUCAUAAAAGCAGGCUACGCAGUCCUGCAGCUGGAGUACUUCUUCACCACUGGACCAGACGAGGUCCGUGCUUGGACCAUUCGGAAAGGAACUAAGGCUCCACAGGCUGCAGGGAAAAUCCACACAGACUUUGAGAAGGGCUUCAUUAUGGCAGAAGUAAUGAAAUUCCAGGAUUUUAAAGAGGAAGGCAGCGAGAACGCUGUCAAGGCAGCUGGGAAAUACAGACAACAGGGACGUAACUAUGUUGUUGAAGAUGGAGACAUCAUCUUUUUCAAAUUCAAUGCACCAAAUGCACCGAAGAAGAAGUGACCCAUGAAGAAAAAUAUGUUUGUUUACACAACCGACUAUUUCAAUGCCUUUUUGUCAUUCUCUUUGUGUGUGUUUGUGUGUGUGUUUAUAAGGGGGGCUGACAUUGCAAUUUCCUAAAAUUUUGUUUCCCCAUCCUGUAGGAUCAAGUCUCAUUGCGGGUACCAAAGCACAGGUUCAGUAAACUCUGACAGCUUAGCUAUUUAAGAUCAGGAUCAGCCCCCCACUCCAAAUUGUAGCAGCAUUUGAAGGAGCAUAUUACUCUCCAGAUACUUCAUUAAUCUCCAUCACGGGUGCCAGCAGUGACACAGCUGACAGUGGGGACAAUGCCACCUGCUCCUCUCCCCCUUCUGCAGAUAAUGCAUGUUUUACAGUAGGCCAGAUGUCUACACUCAAUAAAACAUUUGACAAAACCAGUCUGUUUGUGUUUUGGGAUGUCUGUAUGGAGUGGGAAGCUGCAUGGGGAUGGUGAUAGCGGUCCUGCCGGCCACUGAUUAGAGAAUUAAAAGACACAGCUGACACUGACUGUAGCAUAGAGAGGACAAUUAUAAUUAAAUCUGUUAAGUGAUGCUGAUUUUGGAAGGGCACAUGCAGAAAUCAGGUGUCUUUGCCAACUGAAGUGGUCACUUUAAAUUACUGUUUGUAAAACAAUUAAGAUAACCUUUUAUUUAAAAUCUUUAUCAUAGCUUUAAAUAUGCUGUCUUUGACAGCCUUACCAGAACUCUCCUACAAUACCUAAAUUAUGAGACGAUAGCGCGUCUAUAUUAACAAUUUCUUACUAUUUUUCCUGAACAAUGUGGGCAAAUGCAUAUUGACUAAAUAAACAAGA